AUUCACUAUCUAGUCGGUCAUAUAACUUAUUGACAAUUCUACCGUUCUCAAAACACAAUGGCCGCUGCUGGAGGUCUUACUGGCGGUCACCCGCCCUCUGUUCGCUCUCGCAACAUUGCCAUCUUCAGUGUGAUCGGAAUGAUCGCUGGUGGUUGGAUGUUCUUCCGCGCGCAGUCACCCAGCAAGGAAGAGAAGCUGUACUCGCAAAAGGACGUCCAUACCAUGGUUGGCGGGCAGACGGGCGAGAACAGAGUUGGUCGCGCACCGAGCCAUCAGAAGAAGGAUUGAUUUAACGUGUGGAAAGGGUA